AUGUCGUGGUCAGGCUUCAAGAAGGGCGUCAACCGGGCGACGACCCAGGUUAUGAUGAAGACUGGCCAUGUCGAACGCACCAACGACCGCGAUUUCGAAACCGAGCUGCGCCGCUACCGCACCAUGGAGACGGCCGCGAACAAGCUGCAGAAGGAAGCGAAGGGCUAUCUCGACUCUCUACGAGCUAUGACGGCCUCGCAAAUGCGUAUUGCCGAGACGAUUGAUGCUUUCUACGGAGACGCUGGAGCCAAGGACGGCGUGAGCAGAAGCUACAAGGAUGCCGUCGCCGACCUGGACGCCGAAACUAUCAAGGCGCUGGACGGUCCGUACCGGACCACGGUGCUGGAGCCCAUUUCGCGAUUCUGUGCCUACUUCCCCGAGAUCAACGAAUGUAUCAAGAAGCGCGGCCACAAGCAAACGGACUACGACGCCAUGCGCGCCAAAGUGCGCAAGCUGACGGACAAGCCCGACAAGGACCCCACGAAGCUGCCGCGCGCCGAAAAGGACGAGCAGCUGGCCAAGGCGGCGUACGACCAGCUCAACGAGCAGCUGACCAACGAGAUCCCGCAACUCAUCGACCUGCGCGUGCCCUACCUCGACCCCUCGUUCGAGGCGCUCGUCAAGAUCCAGCUGCGCUUCUGCGCCGAGGCCUACUCGCGCAUGGCCCAGGUCCAGCAGUACCUCGACGCCGACGUGCGCGAUCAAUACGCCAGCGGCCAGCUGGAUCAGCGCGUCGAGGAGGUGUUGCAGGAGAUUCGCGAGUUGAGCAUUGCCGGAACCGUCUAA